GCUAUCGGCGACCGAGGGGGACAAUGGGUUGUGGUGAAUCAAAGCACGGGGAUGUAACGCCAAGCAAGCAGGUUGACGACGAGCUGGAAGAGUGCAGGAGAAACAGCCACUACCACAGCAAGGUGUUGCUCCUGGGAGCCGGAGAGUCGGGCAAGAGCACGUUCGGCAAGCAGCUCAAGAUGCUCGCGAAAGGGAAGCUCUCGGUUGCAGAGAUGGCCCUGUACCGGAGAGGUGAAACAGCCGCGCAAAGAUUUGGUGUCAGUCGUUGUGCAGCCGGGGCGGUUUGCUGA